AUGCUCUUCCCCUCGAUCCUCGCGCUCGUCACCGUAGCGUCGGCUCACGGAGUCGUGCAGAAGCCGCACCCGCGCACCCCGGGUGCCGAGACAUCCACCGCCUGCGGCAAGGUCCUCACAGACUUCUACAAGGCCGACAACACGUCCUACCCGGAGGCCCUGGUGCGCUCGCACCCGACCUUCAAGCCCGCGACGUCCAGCUGCAACCCUUACCUCUGCCGCGGCUACCAGUUCGCCGACAACACGGCCAACGUGUACUCGUACAAGGCCGGCGAGAAGGUCGACUUCAGCGUCUACAUCCGCAUCCCGCACGUCGGCAACGCCAACGUCAGCGUCGUCGACGCCAAGGCCAACAAGGUCAUCGGCGAGCCGCUCAAGUCGUGGCCCAGCGGGUACGCCGACGGCAAGCAGUUCCCCAACCUGCCCAAGGACCAGACGCAGUUCAGCGUCACCAUCCCCGAUCUCUCGGGCAAGUGCGCGAGCCCUGGAGACUGUGUUAUCCAGUGGUACUGGUUCGGACAGGGUCAGACCUACGAGGACUGCGUCGACUUUACUUUCGGUAGCGCCCCGGCUACUUCUAUGAGGAGAGGCUCCAGGAUUGCGGCUUGA